AUGGAACUGCAGUAUCCGCCGGCCUGCCUGCCAGCCCUCUCCCGGUGCUCUCGGGAGCUGGCUGCCGCCCGCGAUUCGUCUAGAAUCCUUUCUGAUGCACCCUUUGAGCUCCCGGGUAGCACCCUCUUCGGAGUCCCCUUUUUUGAAAGGUCAGGCUUUAUCCCUGCCGGGCUCGUGCUGAGAAAGGUGUCAGUGAUUAACACCGUGGACACGUCUCACGAGGACAUGAUUCACGAUGCCCAGAUGGACUACUAUGGCACCCGCCUGGCAACCUGCUCAUCAGACCGGUCAGUCAAAAUCUUCGACGUGCGCAACGGGGGACAGAUCCUCAUCGCUGACCUCAGGGGGCACGAGGGCCCGGUGUGGCAGGUGGCCUGGGCCCACCCCAUGUAUGGCAACAUCCUGGCAUCCUGCUCCUACGACCGCAAGGUCGUCAUCUGGAAAGAGGAAAGCGGCACAUGGGAGAAGACCCACGAGCACACGGGCCACGACUCCUCAGUAAACUCUGUGUGCUGGGCCCCCCAUGACUACGGGCUGAUCCUGGCCUGUGGGAGCUCUGACGGGGCCAUCUCCCUGCUGACCUACACCGGGGAGGGCCAGUGGGAAGCCAAGAAGAUCAACAACGCUCACACGGUAGGUGCUGGGUGCUGGGUGGCGGGUGAGCCGUGGGUGCCGCAGCUGUGCUCAGGGGCAGCCCUNGACCAGCCAUCAGGCCAGAGGCCCAACUAUGUCAAGAAGUUUGCAUCGGGCGGCUGUGAUAACCUCAUCAAGCUGUGGAAGGAGGAGGAGGACGGCCAGUGGAAGGAGGAGCAGAAGCUGGAAGCACACAGCGACUGGGUUCGAGACGUGGCCUGGGCCCCCUCCAUCGGCCUGCCCACCAGCACCAUUGCCAGCUGCUCCCAGGAUGGGCGCGUGUUCAUCUGGACCUGUGAUGACGCCUCGGGCAAUACGUGGUCCCCGAAACUACUGCACAAGUUCAACAAUGUGGUGUGGCACGUGAGCUGGUCCAUCACCGCCAACAUCCUGGCCGUCUCAGGCGGAGACAACAAGGUGACCCUGUGGAAGGAGUCGGUGGACGGUCAAUGGGUGUGCAUCAGCGACGUCAACAAGGGCCAGGGCUCCGUGUCCGCCUCCGCCACAGACAGCCAGCAGAACGAGCAGUGAUGCCUGCGUCCACCUGGACCGGCUGGCCGGCCUGCCGGGGAAGGGCCCCGCCCGGAAGGCCCCUCUCCCAGAGCAGGACGCACGCACCACGGGCGGGCCGGCCAUCUGCCUUAACGUGACUUGCUGUGGUGUGUAAUUUAUUGUCCGGCUGAAAGCCCUCAUGUCGUCAGGGGAAAGUACAAAUGAUCGUCAGAUCUAUUAUUUUAAAAUACUUGUGGCCAUUUAUAUGUACCUUUCGGGUUUCGGCAUUAUUUGGGAGCUUUUGUUUUCAGAGUAAUUAAAUAAACUCAUGUUGCUUAUAACUACAGCUGCAUUCAUGGCCCU